AACAUGAUUUUUAUACGCAAUAAACACCAAAAUCGUUAUUUGAAGUCUACAAUUUUGCAAAAAUAAUGCAACUUUGUUAAAUAGUGCCCUUUUCGCACCGAAAUUCUGGUGAUUUUGUCGCUUGUGAUGGCACCACUUUCGCAAACCUAGUGUCAAGAGUGUAACGGUUUUUUCAAAUUUCAAUCAAACCCGUGUUUACUUUCCACUUUUCCGUGUUUAAAAUGUGUGUAUGAGUGUGUUUUUGUCAUGGAAGCGUCCCAAGAGUCCAUCAGUUCCCGAAGGGACAAACUCAACACUCAAAUAAUCGGCGACCAAAAACUCACCCUCAUCAACCGAGAAUGCCUCCUGGACGCCCUUCAGGCCCUUUACGACGAAUGCAGUCUGGACGCUUUGCAAAAAUACGACAAACAAAUCGCCCAAUUUGUGAGCAAGUACAAAAACACGCUCCUUGAGGUGAAAAAACUGCGUGUGAAUGAGACCGAUUUCGAGAUAAAGGAUGUGAUAGGACGGGGGCACUUUGGGGAGGUGCAUGUCGUGAAGGAGAAGCAAACUGGGGAUAUUUACGCCAUGAAGACGAUACGAAAGUGUGACAGUUUCGAGAAAACUAACUUUGAUGUUGAGCGAGAUAUAAUGGCCUUUGCGGCUUCGCCCUGGAUCACAAGUCUCCAGUACGCGUUCCAGGACAGUGUCUACUUGUACUACGUGAUGGAGUACCACCCUGGGGGCGACUUGCUGGGGCUCUUGUACCGCCAAGGGGGCACCUUGCCCGAAAGCGCCGCCACCUUCUACCUCGCCGAAAUUGUCCUCGCUCUGGAAGACCUGCACUCGAUGGGGUUCGUCCACCGGGACAUCAAACCCGACAACAUCCUCCUCGACCGCUGCGGCCACCUAAAGUUGGUCGACUUCGGCUCAGCCGCCAAACUCAACCAGCAGGGGGCCGUGGACAAGGGGCUUCCGGUGGGCACCCCCGACUACAUCGCCCCCGAGGUGCUCCAGUCCCUCGAGCGCAACUCCAAGUCGCACUACGGCGUGUCGUGCGAUUUCUGGUCGUUGGGGGCCCUCGCCUUCGAGCUGGUCGUGGGCAAGCCCCCGUUUUCGGGGCAAAACACCUCAGUCACCUACUCGCGGAUAAUCAACCACUCGAACAAUUUGAAAUUCCCCCAGGAUGUGUGCUUGACACAAGCCUACGUCUCCCUGGUUCGGGGUCUCCUGACUGAGGCGAAGGCCCGCCUGAGGGGGCCCCAGAUCAAGAAACACCCCCUUUUCAAGCACAUUCAUUUCGAUUCGUUGCGCGAUCAAGUGCCCCCCUAUGUCCCCAAAAUCAGCUCGAUGGAGGAUACGAGUAAUUUUGCAGACGUGGGGGCGAAGAAAACCACCCCAAGUAUGGAGAACUUCAAGAAGAAGACGCAGUUUUCCGGGAGGAAUUUGCCCUUUAUUGGGUUUACGUUCACCCCAGGGGCGAGCUCUUGUGGGAGGGAGUUUGAUCGGAAUUCGAGGGCCAAGGACGAGAUUAUUAGGAAUAUGAGGGAAGAGUUGGAGGUGGUGAGGAGGGAUUUGAUGAAACGGGAGGAUUUUGAGGAGGUCAAGUUGGUUUUGGAGAAAAAGAUUCUCGAGAAAAACCAGAAGUUGGAGAAUAUUGAAAGUGUGAGGGAGAAGUUGGAGAGGGAUUUGGCUGCAAGCAUGGCCGAGAGUACGGCAUUGAAAAGAACUCUCGAAAUCGAGCGAAAAGACCGCGCCGAACUCGAACGCAAAGCCCUCGACUUAAUAAAAUCGGCAAAAAUCAAAUGGGAAACAUCCGAACGCAACAAAAUCGAAUCAUUAAAACUAGAAAUUGAGCAACAAAAAGAAAAAAUCGCCCAACUUGGAACCACCAACAAAAUGCUAAACGAACAAUUACAAAAAGCUUUCAAAAUGGAAAACAAACAUAAAGAAUCGAUAGAAGCAGUCGAACACUUAAAUCGGCGAAGCGUAAUAGGACUUGAGUCACGAAUUGAAAAAGUCGCCUUAGAUUCGAAACAAAAGAUUAUGAGUCUUCAAGCCACCUUAGACGAAACAAUUAAACAAAAGAAGGAGUUAGAGUUUGAAAUUGAGAAAUUAAAAGACAGUGAGGACGAAUUGAGGAAAAAACUGUCGAAAUCUUGUGAUGAUUAUACUGUUCUGAAUGGAGCGGCUCUCGAGGCCGAAAAACUCGUUAAAGAACUUGGGCAGAAAGUGGGCGAUUUUGAGCGUGAAUUUGAAAAGGCGGAAAGCUACAAAGCGAAGAUCAAGACUUUAAGUCGGGAAAUUGACGAUUUUAAGGCGAAAAUUCGUGAUUUGGAAAAUGCGAAUUUGUUACUCAAAGAGGAAAAUAAGAGUAUUGAAGAGUUUAAGAAUCAGAUAAAUUCACUAAAAGACACUAAGGUACAAAAUGAGCGAAAAAUCAACGAACUGGAGAGCAAGUUACAAGAAGAGGAGCAAAAAUGUGUCACACUGAAGAAAGAAUUGGACAAUUCGCAAAAUCUAAUCAACGAGAGUCAACAGUUGAAGGAAUUGAGGGUAAAAAUGUGGAAAAUGGAGAAGGAGUUAGGUAAUGCAAAGAUCGACAAACGAAUAGUUGAGCGUGAACUUAAAGAUGCAGAAAAUGAAAUAAAAAAUCUCAAUGAAGAAAUAAAAAAUUUGAAAGAUAAGAUAGAAGAGAAUCGGAAAAUUCACUCCGCCGCCUUGUUAGAAUUGAACAAUAUUAACGAAAACCUGUCUUUGGAAAUGGUCAAAGUCAGGGAAUCCCACAAAAACUUGGAAGAAAACCUCGAAAGUGAGAAGAACCGAAACGGUGAAGAGAAACAACUAAUCGUCCAACUCAGAGACACUAUCAGCGAAAAGAACAAAACAAUUUCCACAAUCCAGUCCCAACUGCAAUCUUCCAGACACGAACUCGCAACCCUUGAAGAGAAAAACCAGAAAUUGCUCGAAUCAAACCUGAAAAAGUCCAAACAAUUUGAAGAAAUCUCGAACGAAAAAGAGAAAUUAUCAAGGGAAGUGAACGAAACGAAGAGACAAUUAGAAAACGCCCAAACGAAUCUAGAAGCCUUGCGUGAGGCUUGCCUCAUCAUCGAAAAUCAAGUGAUCGAGUACGAAAAAAUCAACUCUUCGAUCCAGGCCGAAAAAUCGAGUCUUGCCGAAAACACCGAGAAACUGAUCAAGGAUUUGUGCAAAGCCAAGGAGGAAAUCCAGGAGGCGAAGAAGGCCACCAAUGAGGAGAAAUCGCUGCGGCUAUUGGCCGAAACUAAGGCGAAACGAUUGGCGGAGGAUGUGGAGUUGUUGCAGAAUGAGUGUGAGGCUUACAAAGAUCAGUGUUUUAAAUUUAAAGAGUGUUCGAAUAAUUUGAGUGAAGAGCUGACGCUUUCGGAGGAGAGGGUCUCCGAUUUGGAGGUUACCCUCAAAUCGUACGAGAGGCAAAUUGAGGAUUUCGUCUCCGAAAGUAACAUCUUGAAAGAGGAGAUUUCGCAAUAUUUGACUCAAAUGGCCGCCCUCAAAGAGUCGAAUUUCAAACUCAAACAGCAAAUUCAGGACUUGAAGGAGGCGCGGAAUGUACUAGUGGAGAAGGUUGAGGAGUUGGAGAGGGUCCUCAAUGGUAAAGUCAACUAUUACGAAGAACGGGAGAUGAAGAACGAGUCGAUUAUUAAGCAACAAACCAAGCUGAUUGAGUAUCUCCAAGUUAAGAUUGACGAACACAACAGUAAAAAACGAACACUGACUGAUAAAUUGUUCGGUUCGAAGAAAGAAAAUGUGCAACCUUUGGUCCUUCCGGUCAAUAAAGACCUGGAAGGACAAUUGGCGAAACAAAAACAAAUCAACAAAAACCUACAAGAGGAAAUAUACAAAUUGAAGGCGGAGCUUAACUGUCGCACACCAAUCACAAAAGUGCAACGUCACAAAUCGGAAAUCGUGUCACCUAAGACCAGAUCGCCUCAAAUAAUAUCACACAAAUUUAUACUAAAGCUUUGUAAAAACUUGACACGUUGUGACCACUGCGCCAAACAAAUCAUGGUGGGCCGUGACGUCAACACAUGUACGAAAUGUCACGUCAACGUGCAUCAAAAUUGUGUCAGUUCUGUCAAAAGUACUUGCGGCUUGCCUAACACAUGUGUCAAAAACCGUAAAAGCGAAUCAAAUGUCGUAAUUUACGAAGGUUGGAUUAAAUUACUUACUAAAAACAACACUUGGGACAAAAAAUACGCUUGUUUGACUGAUUCCAAAUUGAAUGUUUAUUUAACUAAAGAUAAGAAAAGUCUGACGGAAUCGUUUGAUUUGAAAUUGCCAAAUUCGAGGAAGAAAGUUGUUUUGGAACCGCUGCCGUCUGAAAUCGGGGUGAAUGUUGCCAGUACGGACCUGCCGUUUGUGAUGAAAGUGGAGGUUUUGGUACAGGGUGGGCCGAUGGUUUCGAUGGUUUUUAUGGCCUUGUCGGUGGAGGAGAGGAAUCAGUGGUAUAAAGCAUUUCAAGAGCUCUUCGACGAAGCCGCCGGCCAACACCUGGAGGCCAUCUUCACCCUCCCUGACCAAAUUUACGCCAACUGCGUCCUGGAUCUCACCAAAAACAUCAAAGUUUUAGGCACCGACCAAGGUCUAUUUUCCUACCACAACGAUCAACUUGUACAUAUCGAGGGCCCCACCGACAUACAUCACAUAUCAAUAAUCCCCAACUCUAACACCGUGGUCAUGAUCUCAGACCUAACUAGCAUUUUAAUCUCAUGUGACUUAAACCACCUCAUUAAUUUAACCCAAUGCGCACCUUGUACUAAACCAGUCCUUAAUUAUCGCACAAUCAAUAUCAAAGAAAUGGACGGUUUUCACUACUUGCAAACGUCGAAAUUCCCCAAACACCAAUUAUUUUGUGCCGCGACUUGUCGCCAGUUGGUAAUCGUGAAAUACGACUGCGAAAAUUACGAAUUCGUUCCGUUGCGGAUUAUGGACACGGCCGAACCGCUGGGGUGUGCGUUAUUUACGGAACACUCGCUGAUUGUGGGCGCUGAUAAAUUUUUCGAAAUCGAUUUAGCCACUUUCAAGGCCGAGGAAUUCCUCGAUGGGUCAGACGCGAGGUUGAAAUUCGCAGUCAAGUGUCACAAAAUGCAGUCGUUUCCGGUCGCAAUUUUGGAAAUUUCGCAAAAUCCGAAGGAGUUUUUGGUCUGUUUUAACGAAUUUUCGGUGUUUGUGGACGAGUAUGGGCGGAGUUCGCGCGAGGAGGAGUUGAAAACGAGUUAUCUGCCAAUUGGGUUCCACUUUGUGGCGCCUUUUUUGUAUAUUAUUCAGUACAGUGGAGUGGAAGUUUUGAAAGUUGGUGGAAACGUGGCGAAUGUGACGGUUGAUUUGAAAAACAUGCGGUUUUUGGGGGAAAGCCCGAACGGGAUUUAUCUCUAUCAUGACGGAAGAGUUAAGUUGUUGGAGGGGCGCAGAGUGGUUGAUUGUGACGAUGUCAGUUCGGUCAGCCAAUCGGAGGCCGGGGAUGAGGAUAGGUUUAGUUUUACGAGCUCGAUGGUGCAAAGUCUCGAUGGGAAUUCCAGCGAUUUGGAGAACAGUAGCGAGGAGAAUGUGAGACGGGUUAAGUUUUCACAAACUAAUUUAUAAGUUGCACUGUACUUAAGUCUUGCCCUGUUUUAUGUAGUAUUUAUUUUAUUUUUCGUCACGUUUUGUACGGUUUUUAUUAAAUAAAGUGUCAUUUAUCAAG